UGCACAUGACACUGGGUGUUUCUAGGGGUGGCUGAGGAAGCAAGUGCAGUGAGCUACUGCUACAGGCCCCCAGCCCAUGCCAAACCCGCUCCUUUCUGCAGCCACCCGGCCAGGGGGGCAUCGGCAGCUUUCCCCACCCCUCUUUUUCUUCAAGGCCUGUCUCAGGAGCACGGAGGGACCCACGCAGUGCCCUGCUCGCCGCGGUCAGUGAGAGCACUAGGAUUGGAUAUUCCGGAGCUGUGUAUGUGGAAAGCAGCAUUGCAGGGGUUCUGAAGGGACACAGAGCUGGUGGGCAAAACCGGUGUCACCGUCACUUGAGGGAGAACCACUGGCUCUGGCUCACUGGGCAAACAAGGGCCACGUCUGGAAUGCUAUUGAUCUGCAGCAUUAGUCAGCAGCCCUGUCCCAUUGAAGGCCAGCUCUUUCCCAGCUUCUGACGGCGUAACUCUGAUCCCAGCCUUUUCACAGCACCACACACUCCCCACCUGCUCAUCUGGGAGAAGGUCAUUAUCCCCAGGCUAUUCACCGGCAAUGGAGCAUGCAAGAAUAGAUGCUUCUCCUUUUGUGCUGCCCAUCUCCCUGAUUGGCUCUGGAGUGUGGGAAACUCCACCAAGCUGGAGACCCACAGACUCUCCGUGAGGUUGCAGAGUAUAAAUAUCAGGCAGAGGCAGCUUCCAGCAACACGCUUCUCCUGGACUUCCACUCCGAGACCUUCCUUCCCUUCUCGGGACAGAUGGCUCCCAGCACCGUGUUCAUGGAGCCCGACAACCUGCUGACACCAAAGGAGAAAAACAAACUGAGGAAGCCGGUGGUGGAGAAGAUGCGCCGUGACCGGAUUAACAGCAGCAUCGAGCAGCUGAAACUGCUCCUGGAGAAGGAGUUUCAGAGACACCAGCCCAACUCCAAGCUGGAGAAAGCCGACAUCCUGGAGAUGACUGUCAGCUACCUGAAGCAGCAGAGCCAGCUGCAGUUGAAGACUGCAGGAUCCUUCCAUAAAAGCUCGCAGUUUGACUUCAGAGAGGGCUAUUCCCGGUGCUUGCAAGAAGCUUUCCAUUUCCUCUCUCUUCAUAAAGUCCGAACUGAAACGCAGACCAAACUUUUAAGCCACUUCCAGAAGAGCCAGUCGGCUGCUACCGAGGUCGCCUUGUCCCCUGGGAACCCCAGCACCCUGAAGCAAGCGUCUCCAAAAGAUGCCGGUACUCUCUGGAGGCCCUGGUAGUCGGGGGGGAGUCCCCACAUCGUGGCCCUUUGCCAGUCCAGAGGAAGGGUCUGACUGCAUCUGCUAGUCCAGCUCUGGUCCUCUCUGCUGUAGGGAAUGUUAUUUCCCCCUGUAUUUUUAUUUAUGUGUGGAAAGAACGGCGUGCUUUUGGCUUUUACGGGAUAUUUGGCAGAAGUGCAGGCAUUCUGCGGAGCGGUGCGGGGGCUGGGGGUGACAGCCCACAGCGCUGCCCCGGCGGGGGCCAGUGUCUUCACAGUGAAGGAGGGUUUUUUUGUAAAUGUUACUGUUGUGACGGGCAGGAAUUGCUGUAGGAGAGGUGUCUCUGCUGUUGCUUGUAAGAGCCACGGGCUUUGCUCUGGCUUGACCCGCGGCGCUUGUUCGCUCGGUCGCUCCCGAGGAUAAACUCACUCCCCUUUGGUUCAUGCACACUUGGUUAAAAUCAGUUUCCCUCUGCUUAGAACUUGUACAGCAUCAAAGAUGGGGUUUGUGACCCUUUCAUAGUCCUAGUACAU